AUGCUCGGUGUUAGAGCUCCGAUUUUCAUGGCUCCAUUCUAUCCGGGAAGAACUAGCAAUUUUUAUAACGACUACUGUUUUGUAUUUGUUCAUUGCCGGUUAAUCUGUCUUAUAAUGGGUCUUAUCUGUUCGCAAUGGAAAAAGAAGCGAAAGUACAAAAUGGGAAGGAAGGCUGCCAACACAAAGCUGUCGAGCAACAAGACAGUCAGAAGCGUCGUGGUGGGGAAGAUUCAACAGUUUGAGCCUCAAGCUAAUGAGAGAUGGUUCCUUGCAAUUAGCAGGAGAGACCUAAGAAGCAAAAAAAGCUGUAGAUAA